AUGUUAUUGGAGAGAUUCAAACAAUAUUUGAUCAACAAUCAAAAAAGGCUGUAUUAGCUGAGUGCAAAAAUGAAAUACCAACAAAAGGUAUACCGACUAUAAUGGACGAAUACUUCCCUGAGUUGAAUAAGAUGUUGAAAGAAUUUGAUAAUUGGUUAGCACUUCUGGAAACAACUGACGACUCUUACCAAGAAGAAAUUGCCAGAGAAGAUGACUAUGACCAGCCUCAGUCUUUAUUUCCUUCUUUGCUCGAAGGUAUACCUCAGGAUUGUGUUCAAGAAGUCAUGUCUUAUUUUGUUAAUGCACGAUUUCAUAUUAUACUUAUUCCUAAACGCUGGUAUAACAAUAGUAAAAUUAAUGAAGAUGAGGCAUCUGUGCCAAUAUAUCAAAUUAAAAAAAUUGAGUCAAAUGAGUUGCCUCAACCGUUAUCAUUUCAGCACCUUGCAAGGUUUAAGCAAACCCCUAACGUUAUACAGUUGCAUGGCCCUAAACAAAAAUACGGAUUUGGUAUGGGAUAUGCCAAAAAGGCACUUGACUUGGCUAUUUGUGCUAAUAAGAACAGUUUAUUGAAAAAAACUAAAAGAGAUAUGUCUGUUCAAGACGAAAAUGUCAACCUGACAAAUGUUGAUGUUAGUGUUGGAGAUCCGUUACGGGUACAACACAAAGGGGAAGGCAUUGCCAAAAGUGCGAGAAAACUGGCCAUUAUGCUCCACGAUGCCCAAAUUAA